AUAUUUGAUCGAUAAGUCUGCGGUCACACUGUACCAAAAAGCGCUGUGUAAUUCAGAAACAAGGAAAAAAAAAGAUAAAAAAGAGGAACGAAAAGUGAACGCCGCAUUUACUGCAAAAUCAAAAAUUAAACAAGGUUCUCAAACGAAAGUCGUAGAAAUAUUCGUAGUUGAAACAUGACGGGUGAGAUUAAGCAGGAGCAGAAGGAGCCGGCAGUUGCCGAUCCCAAGGAUUUGAAGGCGAAACAGGGAGAUUCCAGCGAUGACAAAGCAAAGAAAGACGAUAAGGAGCAGCCCGAGCUGUCGGACGAGGAUCAGCAGCUGCAGGAGGAACUGGAGAUGCUCGUGCUGCGUCUGCAGGAGAACGACAUAAAGUUGUACCAGCCAGCGCUGGAAAUGAUGGCUAAGUUGAUACGUGCCUCCACCACAUCGAUGACUUCGGUGCCCAAACCCCUGAAGUUCAUGCGCCCCCACUACGAGACGAUGAAGACCGUCUAUAAACAGAUGCCCGACGAGCAGACGCGGCAGCUGUGCGCCGACAUUAUAUCGGUGCUCUCGAUGACCAUGGGCAGUGGCAAGGAUUGUCUGGCCUACAGGUUCCUGUGCGAUCGUAAGCAAAAGAUCGGCGAGUGGGGCCACGAGUAUGUGCGCCAUCUGUCCGGUGAGAUAUCCGCCCACUAUCACGACACGACGGGCGACUUCCGCACCCAGCUGAUUGAGCUGGUCAAGCAGAUUAUUCCCUACAACAUGGAGCACAAUGCUGAGGCGGAUGCCUGUGACUUGCUGAUCGAAAUCGAUCAUCUGCAUUUGCUCAGCGAGUAUGUGGACGAGUCGGCCUAUCCCCGUGUCUGUUUGUACCUGCAGUCCUGCUAUCCGUAUGUCCCCGAGCCGGACAACACCAUCAUACUGGAGACGGCCCUGCAGCUGUCGCGCAAGUUCACGCAGCAUACCCAGGCCAUGCGGCUGGCCCUGAUGCUGAAUGACAUGGACAAGAUUGGGGAGAUCUUCAAAGAGCCCAAGGAGCCGGGCAUGCAGAAACAGUUGGCCUUCAUGCUGGCCCGCCAGCAAAUCUGCCUGGAGCUGGACGAGUCGGUGCAGGACUACGAUGACCUCAUGGAGAUCAUGUCGAAUGCGAAUUUGAACAAGCACUUCCUCAAUCUGGCCCGUGAGCUGGACAUCAUGGAGCCCAAGACACCGGAGGAUAUUUACAAGUCGCAUCUGGACAACUCGCGAUCGCGUUUCGCCUCCAUUCAGGUGGACUCGGCCAAGCAGAAUCUGGCCGCCAGCUUUGUCAAUGGCUUCGUCAACGCGGGCUUCGGUGUGGACAAGCUGCUGUCCGAGGAUGGCAAUAAGUGGCUGUACAAGAACAAGGAGCACGGCAUGCUAUCGGCCACCGCCUCCCUGGGUCUGAUCCUGCUCUGGGAUGUCGAUGGCGGUCUAACCAUGAUCGACAAGUAUCUGUAUUCCACGGAUGACAACAUUAAGUCGGGUGCCCUGCUGGCCUGCGGCAUCGUUAAUUGCGGCAUUCGCAACGAGGUCGAUCCGGCCCAUGCCCUGCUCUCGGACUACAUUGAGAACCAGAACAAUUGCAUGCGUGUGGGCGCUAUCCUGGGCCUGGGCAUCGCCUAUGCCGGCUCCAAUCGCUCCAUUGUGAUCGACACCCUCAAGACGGUGUUCUCGUUUGGCAGCAACAAGACCUCCGCCAGCGUGGAGAUACUCGGCAUCACGGCUCUGUCGCUGGGUCUGAUCAGUGUGGGUUCCUGCAAUUCAGAGAUCACCGAGAUCCUGCUGCAGACCAUCAUGGGGUUGACCAAGUCCGAUCUCAAGGAUACCUACACAAGAUUCCUGUUCUUGGGCCUGGGUCUCCUCUAUCUGGGUCGUCAAAAGUCCACCGAAGCGGUGAUGAUGACGCUGGAGGUUCUAGAGGAGCCCUAUCGCAGUAUGGCGACCACCAUGGUGGACAUUUGUGCCUAUGCCGGCACUGGCAAUGUUUUGAAGAUCCAGCAGCUGCUGCACAUCUGCUCCGAUCACUAUGAGACUGUCAGCGCCGACGACGAGAAGGAGAAGAGCAAGAAGGACAAGGGCAAGGAUAAGGACAAGGAAAAGGAGAAGGAGAAAGAUAAGGAGCGCGAGAAGGAUCUGUCGGCCACACAAGCGAUUGCCGUUCUUGGCAUUGCCUUGAUUGCCAUGGGAGAGGACAUUGGCGCCGAGAUGGCCUACCGCUCGUUUGGCAACCUGUUGCGCUACUGCGAGCCGGCCAUUAGGCGCUCCGUGCCUUUGGCCCUGGGCCUGAUAUCCGCCUCCAAUCCCAAGCUGAACAUCCUGGAUACGCUGAGCAAGUUCUCGCACGACAGCGAUGCGGAGGUGGCACACAAUGCCAUUUUCGCCAUGGGUCUCGUGGGAGCCGGCACCAACAAUGCCCGACUGGCCUCCAUGCUGCGCCAGCUGGCCCAGUAUCACUCGAAGGAUCCCAGCAAUCUGUUUAUGGUGCGCAUUGCCCAGAGCCUGACCCAUUUGGGCAAGGGCACCCUCUCGCUGAGUCCCUACCACAGCGAUCGCCAGCUGAUGAACCCCAUGGCAGUUGCCGGACUGAUGGCCACGCUGGUCUCGCUGCUGGAUGUGAAGAACCUGAUCCUCAAUCGCUCCCACUAUCUGCUUUACACUUUGGUCCCGGCCAUGCAGGCCCGCAUGCUGAUCACCUUCGACGAGGAGCUCAACCAGCUGCAGGUCCCUGUGCGCGUGGGCAUUGCCAUCGAUGUGGUCGGACAGGCUGGCAAGCCGAAGACCAUCACUGGCUUCCAAACGCACACAACGCCCGUCCUGCUGGCCAUCGGCGAGCGGGCCGAGCUGGCCACCGACGAGUAUCUGGCCCUGACGCCGGUCAUGGAGGGAUUCGUCAUACUGAAAAAGAAUCCCAAUUUUGUCAAAUAGAAAGAUUCAAUCACCGAUCAUCGAUCAUCGGAUCAUCUAUUAGUUAAGUUCAGGCGAGAAAUUUAAGGUUCGGCAACGGAACACCCCAACAAUAUGAAGAACUUGUUUUCUUUUCGGCAAUUGCUUUCAAAUGUCAUUAAUAAACAAUUAUAUCUACUUA